UAGUGAGUCCAUUUUCUCGUGGCAUUCAGUCAUUUGCUGUCACUUGUUAUUGCAGCAUAAACAUUUUAUUUAUUCAUACGAUCUUUUAUUACUUUAACCCAUUACAGCUGUUUGCCAAGUAACUACGCGAAUAUACCUGCAUUUUCAACUUGUAAAAAUAUCAGACAAAAARAUCUCAUUUUUUGGGAGUAGUAUUUCAAAAUGUCGACCGUCAAUGGCUUCCUCUUGUUGUGUGUAUUCUUCGUUCUUACACGAGCACAAGAACAGCAAAAAAUGACCUUCGAAACUCCUAAAAUGACUGAAGAGGAACAACAUUCACCACAUACACCUAGUUCUUUUGAAAUCCAGUGUGAUUCUUGUACAGCAAUUGCCUACAAGUUGACACAAGCACUUGCAGCUGCUGAAGCAAAACGGCCAUCACUAAAAGGCAAACCUCUGAGUGAAUCAGAGUACUUAGACAUCAUUGAAGGAGUGUGUGAGUCCAAGGCUUGGGAUGACUAUGGUAUUAAGACUGUUAAUGGAGUCAACAGAAUCUCUGGUGAAGGCCUUGAAGCCAAAGACUUUCCUGGAAUGAUGCAAGGUGGAGGAAAGUGGCCAGGAAGAUUGUCAUCUAAGUGUUCUGGCAUAGUUGGCGAUGUCAGCGAAGACACCUUGUAUGAAAAAUUCAGAGAAAGUGGAGACCUCCAUGAAUAUAUCUGUAAGGAAUACACCAAGGAUUGUGUAAAACAAAAGAAAAACAAGAAAGAAAAGAAAAGUAAAAAGAGUAAGAAAUCUAAAGAAGGAAAAAAAGAAGAAUUAUAAAAAUCAUUUGAAACUUUUUCAAAUAAAAGAGCAAGCUUCAAUGACAAAAGUUAUAUUACAUUCUAUACAAAAACUGCACUUAUUUCAGUUUUACUGUUUUCUACUGUUUCAUCGCUUUUCUAGUAUUUGUGAAUUUCAUUCUCUAGCGUCUAGCACAUACAAUCUUUGUAAACAACUAUUUUCAAUAUGGAUGCACUGAUGAAGCUAUUUAUGCCUAGGCCUACCAACUCUUGUAUUCACGUCACUAUGAAAUAAAUAUUUUURCUAAAACUAAAA